AUGGCGGCUCCUUUGGCAAACUUCGAUGAGGACUGGCAGGAUUUUAACGAGUUUAAGCCGUCCCAGGAGUCCGAGCAACUCACCUCCAAUGCGAGCGACUCCAUCAGCACUACCGCCUCGGGCCUAGACGACUUCUCCGACCUGGACAACAGCUUCUGUGGGGAGAUCUGCAGCUUCAAAUCCAUGGAGGAUCUCGUCCAUGACUUUGAUGAGAAGCUGACUGUGUGUUUCCGAAAUUUCAACUCUGCCACAGAAAACUUAGCGCCCGUUAAACCCAUAACAGAGGACAACUAUCUGAAGGAUGACGAGGUGUGGAAUGCUCUCACAGAUAACUAUGGAAAUGUGAUGCCAGUGGACUGGAAGACUUCGCACACUCGCUCCCUUCAUCUCCCCACCCUCAACCUCAUCGAGCCAGAGAAACUAGACAACCAGUCUCUGGACCUGUCUGAUGAUGAGGACCUGAGGGAACAGAUGGACAUGCAUUCUAUUAUUGUCUCCACCAUCAGCGAUGAGCCGCUCUUCACUGCUGAUCAGGUGAUCGAGGAGAUUGAGGAGAUGAUGCAGGAGUCUCCAGACCCGGAGGACGAUGAGAGUCCGUCCCACUCCGACCUGUCCAUGCUCUCACAGGACCUCCAGGGGCUGCGGAGGUCAGGCUCCAACACCAGCUACGAGGAUCGGUUACGACAGCUGUCUGUGUCUGAGCUGACUGAAACCCUGGAGGAGGUGGAGUCGACCAUCCGCCGCUUCAGUGAAGAGCUGAUCCAUGCGCUGGCCCUUCGAGACGAGCUGGACUACGAGAAAGAGGUAAAGAACACCUUCAUUUCGUUGUUGAUCGACGUCCAGAACCGGCAGAAGGAGCACCGGGACCUGCUGCGGAAGAGGAAGAAGGUCCGAAGCACAGUAACCACAGGGCCCAACGGACAGAGGAGAUCCAGCUCUCACAUCCCGGGCACGUAUUUGACAACAGUAAUCCCUUAUGAGAAGAAGGCGCCCUCUGUGGAAGACCUUCAAAUUCUGACAAAAAUUCUUCAAGCCAUGAGAGACGACAGUGAGAAGGUUCCAGCCUUAUUAACAGACUACAUCCUCAAAGUUCUGUGUCCAACGUAA